AUGGGCCAAUACACCACUUUAUCCAAGGGGUCGACCAUGCUGAUCACGGGAGUCAAUGGCCUUGUUGGAUCGCACUGCGCCGAUCAGGCUCUUCAGCACGGCUACAAAGUACGAGGAACGACUCGCUCCUUGGACAAGAACAAAUGGCUCCUCGAAGUAUUUGGCAACAAGUACGGCACCGCUGUGUUCGAGCUUGUCGAAGUCAAAGACAUGCAGCAGCCCGGAGCUUUUGACGAGGCCAUGCAAGGAUGCUCAGCUGUAAUGCACACGGCGUCUGUAAUCACCUUUGAACCAGAUCCGGACAAGGUCAUCCACCCGACCCUGAAAGGUGUCAGAGAAAUCCUGCGGGCCGCCUCAAAGACACCAAGCGUCCGACGUGUCGUCUAUACAUCAUCUCAAGCGGCUCUUUGUACGACUACGGAGAAAGUACUCACUGUUACGCAGAACACUUGGAACGACACGGCGGUGACACUAGUAACCGAUCCAGCACAAUUUGCCGCUGUACCCGACAAUGCCAAAGGACUAAUAACAUACUGCGCCAGCAAAGUUCUCGCAGAGAAAGCAUGCUGGGAAUUUGUACGACAGGAGAAACGGCACUUCACACUGAACUCUGUCGUUCCCAAUUUCAACACAGGCCCCUCGAUCUAUCCGACGCAGCCUGCUUCGUCCAGCGGCUACGUUAAGGCUGCUUUCCUCGGGGAUGAAAAAGCUCUCGGGCUUCUAAACAUGCUUGGACCUAUGAAUUAUAUCGAUGUUCGUGAUGAUGGACGACUUCACCUUGCCGCUGCCGUUUUCGAUGACGUGCACGACGAGAGGAUUUGGGGAAUGGCUGGCGACUGGAAUGUGCAUGAUAUGAUGGAAGUCUUCGAGGAGGUUGAUUCGAACUGGAAGGAUGUCAAGCGACCCGAGGGAAACGCUAGGGAUCAGACGAUAUACGAUCGAUCGAGGAGUGUAGAGUUGUUGAAGAGGCUGGGAUGCGACGGUUUCACGAGCUUUGAGCAGAGUGUCAGAGCGAAUCUUUCUGGUAUGUCUGUGUGA